AUGAGUGACCAGGCGCUUCUUCGUAUUUCCAAUUUCAUCAAGGUCGAAGAAGACCUCCUGAAAGUAGCCAGUUUCCGCGAGCAGCUCCUUAAAGAGAAAUCAAGUCUAGAUGUCAAACUUAACACAACCACCCAACAGCAGAUACAGCUGAUUAUAUCCAAUUUGGAGAAGCUCAAGACAUCGGCAGAGAAGCUAUCAAACAUAAAGGAAAAUGUGGACCGUAUCAAUGCCAUUCAUGAUGACUCUAUAACCAAUGUUAAGGAUUAUCAAACACUAAAGCACAGCUCUGAGAUAUUUCAGCGAAUGGUGCAGACACAAAACUUGUACACGGACAUUGCCACUUUUAGACAGUACACCGAGCAUAUUGGAAAUAUGAUUGACCAGGAAUUUGAUAAUGUGAGUAAUGAUAUUGGCUACGAACUAGUGAACCUCUAUCGUAUUCACUACAAUGUCACCCAGGCCAGAAACUUUGUAGACUAUUUGAAAGCGUCCUCAGAAUCACUCUCUGAUGAUACCCAAUCCAUUGUGCAAAAAAUCACCGCGCCGCUUCGACAGGUAGUACGUAAGUUUGACGAUCUCUUGAAGGAAGCCAUUAUCAGUAUUACCGAGGCUGUCAAGGAGGGUAAUCGUGAAAUGGUGGUCAAAUUAGUGCGUGUGAUCCAAUACGAGACUACUGAGGAUGCUAAGCUUCUUCUUUCGAAAAGCUUAGGGUUGUUUAAACCUGACCAACUCACAACGACAAACUACUCCAAUUUCCGCUCCACGCCCCGCCAUUACCACAAGUUUUUCUAUGACAUGCUUGAGGAGAGUUUGAAUGACACAUUCAAAAAGUGUGUCGAACAUUUCCAGGAAGACCCGAUGCAAGUGUACGAUAACUUGUCUUGGUUGGAAGACGAGCUCAUCUUUGUAGAACGCAGUUUGACAGACUUGUUUCCAUCAUCAUGGCUGGUGGAAGACUUCAUCCACAAAACUUAUUUUAAUCUCUUGCAUGACUUCACUAUUCAGUGCAUUAAUUCUAAUCCACCGGCGGAGGACUUGAUGGUGAUUCUCUCGUACGAUGCACACUAUAGCUCGUUCAUCUCCUCUUUACGUGGAUCAAAGAAGUCAAAGAAGGAAGAAAGGUCAAUCUUAGGUGAGCAAUUAAAGGAGUCUGUUUUGAGUGAUUACAUGACUGUCAUUGUGUCGAAGAUGCAAGAAUGGAACGAGAACCUAAUCAAACAAGAGGCUAUAGACUUUACAGUCAGACUUGCGCCAGAUGUGUAUUCCUAUAGACAAACAUUCGAGGAUCUCGAUGGAAAUGAUAACCCGGUCUCAGGUGAUGUCAUUACCGACGUAUAUGUGCUUCCUGAUUUCAAAACAACGCUUUCCAUGCUCACGCAACAAGCCGAUGCUGCAGGAGAUUCGGGUUAUGGUAAAGUGUUGGUCGGUGUUAUCGAAAAUUGGUCCAUAUGCUACAACAAGCGGGUGGCAGCAUAUAUGGAGCUUGUUGAGGAGGAAAUGGUCAAGUACAUGUCGAUUUACAACAACGAGUCAUGUUUAAUCAAAGAACUGAAAACAAAACGGUUCUUGAGAAUGCAAUCGAAGCCGCAGCCUGAAUAUGACUUGGAAAAUAUGACCGAAGAGGAGCUCGCCGAAAUCUCUAAGCCUGGUCUAAUUGAAUAUCUUACCGCAUUAGGAAACACUUACGAAAUCAACACGGACAAGCUCCAGGAGAGCUUUUUGCCCAAGUAUAAGUCCAAGGUCCAUAUCACAUACCAGGAGAAAAUCGAACAGGCUUUCGAAGACACUGUUGUGCCCAGUAUGGAUCUCAAUGCCUUUGUCAUUCGUUCGGUCACAGAAAUCAUCAUCAAUGAUCUUUUGCCAGCGCUUUCUGGGGUUUUCACCUCUGGAUGGUACGACUCGGAUAGGGCUAAAGAUGAGCCCAUGGCCGAAAGAAUUGUCGACACGGUCAAGGAGUAUAUGAGUGAGUUGAAGGGGUAUGCCUCGCUUGACUUCUACAGUUUGACAUUCGCUGUAUUAAUUGAUACAUUAACAGCACAAUAUCUUAGGAUCGGAUACCAAAACGUGCUUCACGGUGACGGCAAGAGGUUCGAUAAAAAGGCUACAAAAAAGCACAAAAUGUUCAGUGUGGCAUUGGAUAGAGAUAUUUCCAUCUUCUUUAACGGUUUGAGUCCUCUUUUGUCAGGUAAAGACAGAGCCUAUCUUGUCAAGAGUCUCACGGCGCUUGACUUGUUGAUAACGAUAGCAUCGUGCAACAAUUAUCUUGAAGAUAUUCCUGGGUUGUGGGAGACAGAGAUUCUUGGAACCUUUUACGACUGUUCUCUUGACUAUGUGCGGGGAGCUCUUAUGUGUUGCAAGGACUCCGACGAGAAGACAAUCUCACUCUUGAUGGACAAACUUGCGCAGAUCAAGACAGACUACCACCAGUCGGUGUCGCCUCCGGAGCAGUCGCAAGCUGUUGUCACUCUAAACAACUUCACAUUUGUAUAG